UUAAGACUGAAACUUUUAGUGACUUGGUACUUCAUUAUUAUUAUUAAUAUUUAUAAGGAAAAAAUUUUUAGUAUUUCUAUAAGAAUUGGACACCCGUUUCCAGUUUCCACAUUGUCUGAAAGAGAAGAGAAGGAAGAAGAUGAAUCCAAACACGGACAAAUUAAUAAGACGAACAACCAUGGUUGGAACUGUUGUUGCUGCUUACUUUCUCUUAACUGCUGAUUAUGGUCCUCAACCCAAUAUUCUCGACCCCAUCAAGAACACGAUACUAUCUGCAGAACGCUCAGCAAAGGACUUCAUAUUUGGGAACAGAAAAGCACAGGAAGAUAGUAAUAAAACUGAGAAGACAGACACGAGCAGUACAAAGUAAAAACCGAUGUCUGUUCAAACUUUUUAGUUUUAAGAAUUAGGAUAGCUUUAAUGUGUGUCCUUUAAUUGUACAGACUCGAGCAGUUCAAAGUAAAAACCAAUGUCUAUUCUAAUGUAGCGGUAAAAACACCCUGUUUCUCGUCUUUACUAGUAAAGUUGCUUACUUAGAUUCGACAAAACGUAAAACCCUGCAAAUUCGGAACUAAGCAGCAAGCAGCCACUCAACAAAACAAUUCCAUAAAAUCUCAUGUAGACCUCUAUUAACUUUUUGUGAAGUGCUUUGACAGUGAUAAAUAGCAAGCUUGAUGCACAUACCUUGGCAUUAAAUCGUGAGCUUGGAGUUAUUUUGAACUCCUUUGGAUAUACUUAUCUAAAUUUUUGAAUUUGCUACAUUACCCUAAUCGAAAUGAGAGUUAUUUGGAUGUUGUAUAGCAAAUUUGAACUAAAUAUGCUCGGAAUUGUUGCUUUCUAUAUUUCAUUAAUUAAUACUUCUAUACUUCAGUUGUGAAUAAUGAUCUUUUCCUUGGAAGAUGAGGCAUGUACUAGUGUGUGUUUUAAAAUG